AUGUCAUAUGUACUUCGUUCUGCACGCGUUUCUGCCCUUUUAAAGUCUGGAGAAACAAAACCAAUAACCAUUAAAAAGCUCGCUGAAAAGGCUUCAGAUCAGAGCGUAACACAAGUAAGCAAAGAGGAAGCAAAAGACCAGGGCCUUUCUACUGAAACUGUAAUUGGACCUUUAAAGAAAGAAAGUGAAGUUAUUUAUGAGGUUGAAAAUAAACGUGAAAACAAUAAAACCAAAGAUGCAAAGAUUCAAACCCCCAAAAAAAAUACACGUAAAGAAAAACACGAAAUAAUUUACGCGCCAAGGUUUUCGGGCACAAAGAAAUUGGUUGGUGCUCAUGUUAGCGUUUCUGGAGGAAUUCAUAAUGCUAUAAAAUAUAGUUUAGCCCUUGGCGCAAAUGCAUUUGCCAUUUUCCUACGAAAUCAACGUAGAUGGGAUGCUCAACCUCUUAAUCCUGAACAUGUCUCUAUGUUUCGUGAAGGUUGUGAAGAGAAUAUGUAUCCACCUGGUUCUGUGCUACCUCAUGGAAGUUAUCUGAUCAAUCUGGGUAAUCCUGAUCAAGAAAAACGAGAAAAAAGUUAUCAAGCUUUUCUUGAAGAUUUGAAAAGAUGUGAAAUUUUGGGUCUCACUUUGUACAAUUUUCA